UUUAACAUUUUAAGAAUCUGUAUCUUGUUCUUUUUUACCAUCGUUCCAUUCUUUACCAAGUUCUAUCAUAAAAUUGUCAUUUUUAUUUCACAUAUAUAUAUAAAUUUAUAUAUAUAAUAUAUAAAUAUAUAUAUAUGCAUAUAUAAGCGGUGAUAUAAAAUGAUUGAGAUCAAAUAUUUGAGUAUUGCUAUUCUUAUAUCUGCAUCUAUUGUAGAUAUUGCAAUAGCAGAUCCUAAUAUAGAAGAUUUGAGUAAACAAAUAGAAGAUCACUCUGUACAAGAUACAAUUAUUAAUUCAAUUGAAAAUAGUUGUGAAUGUAUACGAUAUGAUUGUGGAUGUUGCAAACGUAUAGAAACGGAUAUCAUUAAUAUAAAUGGAUCGGUCUGCGCAAAUGCAACUUAUUUGGAUCAAGAAUAUGGCUUUUCUGUAACUAUGACUUACAAGACUAUUAUUGUAACCAAUAAAACAGUAUCAGCAAAAAAUCCACCACCGAUUUGCUACGGUUUUCUAUAUUUGUCAAAAUUGCCAAUAUUUACAGAUGAAAUUUGUUUACAUCUUUAUGACAUAGAUGUAAGCAACAAAGAUUUUCAUAUAUGUUUUGAAAUAAUAAUAAAAAUGGUACUAGGAAAAGAAGUAGUAACACCACUAGGUUGCAUUACUAAAAAAUUGAAAUCGCCAAAGGAAAUAUAUAAAGAACAUCCUAAUGUCCUAAUGGUAUAAUUUUAUGUCAAUGUUACAUAUUAUAAACUACAAAUAUUUGUAUUGUAUCUGAAGUAUAUAUUUUGAAUAUUUACAUUUAAUUCUGUUAAUGUUAACAUAAUAUAUAUCUAUUAUUUUAAUUGUAUCAGUAAUUAAUAAAUAUAUUGUUUACAUUUAUAAUUCAUGUAUUUACUAAUAAUA